AUUAGCAUCCCAUGGUAUAUUUUAUUAAUUCGCCCAUUUUUAUAAAGAGAUAGUAUAGUUGCUGCAUAUAUAUAUAACAAAGUCAUUCAUCUGAUCCAUGGUGAUGCCUAACAACAUCAAGACAUGGGUUGUUAUUGCAACUACAAGAGAUGUGUUUUCUCCCUUAUGUUAAGGUUGUGUCUUAUUCCUUUGGUUGCAUCUAAAGAAGCCGUGAUUUUCAACUUGGGCGACUCAAACUCCGACACGGGCGGAUUUGCUGCCGCAAAUGGCUUCAACUUCGGAUACCCUUACGGCCGCGCCUUCUUCCAUCAGCCCACGGGUCGACUCUCUGAUGGUGAGAAUCUGCACACAAGUUAUCUAAAAGCUUACCUAAACCCACUAGAACCCGAUGUCUCAGUCUCAAAGGGAGUGAAUUUCGCGGUGAGUGGAUCAUCCAUUCUCCCCUCAAAUGCUCUUUUCAAUUUAGGCGUUCAAAUCAAUCAGUUCUCUCUCUUUCACAAUCGCUCUCUCCAACUUCGCUCUAAAGGUCGAAAAGAUGUGUUGGACAAGAAGGAUUUCAAGAAUGCAAUCUACAUAUUCGACAUUGGGCAGAAUGAUUUGACCAUUGCACUUACAUUUAAUCCCCUUCCCUACGAUCAAGUUGUUGAGAACAUCCCUUCUUUCAUUUCUGGAAUAAAGGAUGCUAUGUGGGCCAUAUACAAACUCGGUGGAAGGAAUUUUUGGGUGCAUAACACGGGACCAUUAGGUUGUCUACCCCAACAACUAGGGAUACGAAGGCCAAACAUCACACAAGUUGACGAGUUGGGCUGCAUUAGCAUUUUAAAUGAAGCUGCAACACUCUUCAACUCCAACUUAAACCAUCUCUGUCAACAACUACGUCUCCAGAUGAAGCAUUCCACCAUUGUCUAUGUUGAUGUCUACUCCAUCAAGCACAGUCUUGUUGCAAAUUCUUCGUCUUAUGGUUUGAAGAAAGCACUAAUGGCGUGUUGCGGACAUGGCGGGCCGCCUUACAACUACGAUCCUAAGAUUCGAUGUCUGGUGGUUAGUGGCUACAGUGUGUGUGAAAAGGGGGAUCCACACAUAAGCUGGGAUGGAAUUCAUUAUACCGAAGCAGCCAAUAAGAUUGUUGCAUCUCUAAUUCUCUCCAAAAAAUAUUCAACUCCUCCUCUUGGAUUUGACUUCUUUUUACAAUAAUUACGUACUGCUUAUUUAUUUAACAUGAAUGAUGAAUCUAGCUAAUUAAGAAUGUAUUCUUCAAUACUGAUCAUGCAUUCAAACUUUAUUGAUUCAGCGUUUAUGGUAUAUGUGUAUGUUUAUAUAUUACCCUUCCGAAUUGCAAGAAACAAGGGUUCUUUUUUUUUU